GAAGAUUCUUAUAUAAUGAAUCAUAAAAAUAACAAUGAUGAUGACUAUUAUAAAUAAUUAAGUAGGUAAUUUUAUGGUCACAAAAAUGAAGGUAAAUAGUCUUAUGCCUAAUAAAGAAGUGAAAUUAGUACCAAAAAUAGAUCCAUCAGUAUUAAAAUAUAAAAUUGUAUCUCGUACUAUUAGAACAAAUAAUGUAGAGAGAUAGAAACCUGCAAUUUCAACUCCUACAAUAAAUGAAUAAUUGUAAUAGGUAUAAGUUUAUUGUAAUUAUUCUUUUUCCUAUUAUAGUAGAUCUAGAAACUCUUAUAGUCAAGUAAACCUUAAAUCUAAAGUAGCAUCUAAAAUACACAAAGGAAAAGUGUUCAUUCUACAUAAAAAAUAAAUAAAAUUAAAAAUUUGUAUAUGUAAUAAUAGCCAGCAAAAUUUAAUAUUCCUAUUCCAAUUUAAAAAAUUAAUAUUCUUGAACCUCGAACUUAUCGUUAAAGAAAUGAAGAAUCAAUAGAUUAAUUUAAUCAAAUAACUCUAAAUUCAUAUAGAAGUACAUUAAACAGCAGUACAAAAAGCAUUGCAAAACCAGAUAAAAAUACAGAUAACUGUUAUCCUAUCAAAUUGCAAACCUAAUUACGAGAAGAUAAUUCAAAUAAUGUAUUUAAAAUAUCAUUUCGAAAUAAAUAUUGA